AUGCAAAGCUACAAGUGCUUCAGGAAAAAUGCACGCCUACCACAACACUUUUUUCGUCAACAUGUUUCAACUUUAAGCCAAAAAAAACACCUCAUCAACUGCGAAGACGAAAAAAGAACCCGAAAAAUAGAAGAGCGCCUUUACGCUACCUUGGUAGCUAGCCACCACUCCAAUCACAACUGUCAGAAGAAAGCGCAAAAUGAACCCAUCACGAGCCCCCUAAAAAGAAUAACCUCUUCGUAUUUUUUACGUAAAAUAAAAAAAAUAAAGAAAGCUCAGAACUCCACGGGAACUGAAUCGGAUAAGGAGAGCACCCCCUUCGUCCAUGGCGGCAGGGAGGCCCCCCACGAAGAAUACGAAAAGCUGAAAAUAAAAGAGCUGGAAAAAAUCCUGCACAACCUGGAAAAGAUAAACGAAAGCAAAAGCGGCAAAAUAAACAUUAACAUAAAAAUCUUAGUGUACGUUUUUAAAAAUUUUAUAUGCAAAAAUAAGGAGCUGAAAAUAAAAAUUUUUUUCUCCUUCAUUUUUCUGCUAUGUUCGAAGAUAUCCAUUAUAUACACGCCAAUUUUGCUGUCCUCCUUCAUUGAGAAUGUCAAUUUGGAAAAGAGUUUGAAUCCCCAAUUGGGUGGACCCCUAUUGUCGAGCAACUCAAGUGUACCGAUUCUUCUGGCGUAUGUCCUUUCACGUGUCCUAUCAUCCAGCCUGAACGAAUUGCGAAACAGCGUCUUCAACACGAUCAGCCAGAGAAUCUCCACCUAUGUGAGUAAAUUAUUUUUUUAUAAAAUUCAUAACUUAAACCUGAGUUAUAUACUCUCCAAAAAAAACGGAGAGCUGUCCUUCAUUUUUAACAGGGGGUGUAAAAGCAUCACCAAUCUGCUCAACGUGCUGGUCUUCCAAAUUAUCCCCAUCAUUAUCGAAUUCGUUUUAUACCUCUACAUUUUGACGUACAAAAUACACUACAGUGUUUCCCUCGUUACCUGCUUGAAUAUGCUUCUCUACAUCGUCUUCACCACCCUGGUCACCAAAAGGAGAACCAUCAUCAGGAAAUUUAUGAACAAGUCAGAACAAAACACGUUUAACAUUUUUUUAGAUUCCAUCCAAAAUGUAGAACAAGUAAAAUACUACACAAACGAAAUGCACGAAUUGAAGAAAUUCAUAAAGGAGCAAAAGAAAUAUGAAAGGGAAGCCAUCAAUGUACAGAAAUCUUUAUCCUUCUUAAAUUUUGGCCAACAGAUUAUCCUCAAUUUUAAUCUUUUCCUCUGCCUUUACCUAACGUAUAUUAACAUCGCCAAGGAUGUUUUCCCCUUCAGCUACCUCAUCCUGGUGAAUACUCUCCUAUUCCAGCUAGCUAUGCCCCUGAACAUGUUUGGCACCAUCUACCGAGAAACCAAACUGAGCCUUGUAGACAUAGAGUGCAUGAUCAAAAUUCUUGUCAAAAAAAUUCAGUCGCUAGACUAUUCCAGCAAGGUGGAAAUACAAACGGGGAAUAUCAAAUUUGAAAACGUCUCCUUUAGGUACCCCCUCAUGGAGGAGAAAAGCGAGACGGAGCUUCGAACAAAUGGGGGAGCCAAUCAAGAUGGAGUGCCUCCAAGAGGAAUAGCCAAACUGUUCCGCUUCCUCAAAACGAUGAAAGAGAAGCUUUUCUGCCCCCCAAAAUGGCUCCACUCAGGGGAGACGCCUAUUCCCCCCAUGAGCGACAAAAUAAAGAACAACUUAAAGAGCGCCCUUAAGGAGAACGUCCAAAAGGGAUCCCCCACCUCCACAGCCAGUCAACCCAAGGGAGAGGCAAAUCAAAAGGAAAAUAACUACAUCUUCCAAAACUUCACCUGUAAUAUUGAAAACGGAGAAAAGGUAGCCAUCAUAGGGAAAAGCGGCCUGGGAAAAAGCACACUCAUAAAAUUGCUCCUCAAAUUUUACGAAAUAAACAGUGGCAACAUUUACAUUGAUAAUAAAAAUAUUGAAAACAUCAAUUUGUACACUUUGCGAAAGAGCAUAAGUGUAGUCCCGCAAGACACCAUCCUUUUCAACAACACCAUUUCGUAUAAUAUAAAGUAUGGGAAUUUCCAAUGUACAGAUAAACAAAUGAUUGAUGCUUGCGUCCAGUCAGAAUUGCAUGAAAAAAUUUUGCAAAUGGAUAAACAGUAUGAUACUCUUGUUGGGGAAAGAGGUACCAAAUUAUCCAUUGGGGAAAAACAAAGAAUUUGCAUAGCUAGAUGUUUUUUAAAAAAUUCAAAAAUUAUUGUCCUUGAUGAACAUGCAAGCAAUUUGGAUAAUGAAAAUAAAAAAUGCAUAGAGAAAGCGCUACAUAAAUUAUGCCUCGGAAAAACAACCUUUGUCAUUACACACGUCAUGGAAAAUCUGCAAACGAUGGAUAAAAUUAUUUUCUUCAGUGGAAAUAACAUUUUCGUUGGCAGCCACGGCGAGUUGAUGGUUGGAAAUUCCUCCUACCGGGAGUUCUUCAACUCGAAGAAUAAUCAGCCGCUGUGA